GCAACCUAGCCGCUCUCGUGCGCUACGUAGCUAUCUCGCUGCAGCUAGAGCUUGCAGUGGGCGCUGAUGAUUUUUCAGCAAGUCAAAUUGCGACAUAAUAUUACUUUUACACCGACAUUGAUCUGGCUGUAUUAAUUUCUACUAGGAAGCUUCGCUCAUUGUAGUAGCUUUCGCAAGAGGACAUUAUCAGUAGGGAGAUAGGGUUUUUUUUUCCUUUUGCUGAGAAGGAGCUAACCGCGUUCAAGUCAUUUUAGCGUAAAGAGUCACUUUAUUCUGAAGACAGUUCAUCUGAUGUUGUCUAACGCACGAACGCCAUUUCAGAGGGUUUACGUCUAUGCUACACAUUGGUGAAUAAGUGCUCCAUCAACGUCAAAGUGAGAGGAGCAACUGAGGCUACGUCACCAUGCUGGAGGAGGACAUGGAAGUGGCCAUCAAGGUGGUCGUUGUGGGCAACGGUGCUGUGGGGAAGUCCAGCAUGAUCCAGCGUUACUGCAAGGGUGUCUUCACAAAGGAUUACAAAAAGACUAUUGGAGUGGACUUCCUCGAAAGGCAGAUAAUCGUCAAUGACGAAGAUGUUCGCCUUAUGUUGUGGGACACCGCUGGACAGGAGGAGUUUGAUGCCAUAACUAAGGCAUACUACCGUGGCGCCCAAGCAUGCGUGCUGGUGUUCUCUACCACGGACAGAGAUUCAUUUGUGGCUAUUGAUAACUGGAAGGAGAAGAUUGAAGCAGAGGUGGGAGAUAUUCCUACAGUUCUUGUGCAGAAUAAAAUCGACCUCCUGGAAGAAACUGUUGUUAAAAACGAGGAGGCGGAGGGUUUGGCCAAAAGACUUAAAUUGAGAUUUUAUAGAGCUUCGGUAAAAGAAGACUUGAAUGUAACAGAAUUGUUUAAAUACUUAGCUGAGAAGUAUCUUCAACAACUCAAACAGCAAACAGCAGAAGAGACAGAAGCAGUACACUCAACAAGCAAUAAAAUAGGAGUUUUUAAUACCACAAGUAGUAAUCAAAGCAGCCAGAGUUCCAGCAACGGCAGAGAAAUCAUCACACUGCGACCAAACAAACAAAGGACCAAGAAAAGGAGAAACCCAUUUGGCAGCUGCAGCCUCCUCUAAGACAAACACCUUUGUUUUUGUUUUUUGGGCCGAACAUCCACAGGUAGCCUCAGAUAGAAACCAAAGUGCAAAGACUGAAAAUCACCUUGUUACACUAACCUGACAUUUAAUAUCUUCACCUACCCACAUUGAUGGAUGGGUUUCAUAUCUAUAAUCUGCACAAUGUCAUCACUUCUCUUCACACUGUACUUACUGUACACAUACUGUAUAGUUUGUCAUGCUUACUGCCACAGAGAUUUUUUGGGGUGCAAAAGUUGUAUUUUCACACAAUUCUAAUCUUAUCACAGGCCAUUCGUCAUAAUUUUUUACAUAUAUUGUGAAAGCUUUGACAAUUUGAUUACUCUCAUUUAUCAUUUUCACGAUGAAGUAUACAGCAACCAUUAUAGGCCUACUCUUAAUCAUGCAUACUCUUAAUCGUGCAACUGCAUUUUUUCCUCUUCUAUAAUUAAUGCAUAAGGAUAUAUAAAUACGACCAUGCGUUCCAAGUUCUAUUGAAGUCAUGCAUUUAAUUGGAAUUACAGUGGUACGUCGACAUACGAUCCUUUCGACAUCUGACGUAAAAUUUGACUCGUCAUUUGUUCCGACAUAUGACAACAUGCUCGAAAUACGACAAUUUAUGACAGUGUCGCAAUUUCAUUGUUUUCCCCAAAGGCGUAGGUUUGCAUAGGGACGGUAGGGACAUAACACUAGCAACUUUUCAGGAUGCUCAAAUUGUCCCCACCAACUUUUAAGCAACCUUAUUUCCUUAUAUAAAGAGUUCAAGGUAAUUUAGAUUGUCUUACCAUAUGUUUUAAAGAUAGAAUAGACCCUACCAUUAUUAAGUGAAUUAUUUUCAAUAGGUUCAGACUUACAUCUUCCCUUUUCACUUGCUGAAUGUGCAAGUGUUUGGCAAUUCCUUACUACGCGGCGAAACAUCCACACAAUGCUCAGCGCGCUUGCACAAGCAUCCGCACACAUGCGCACAUCGAUUAUAAGGGGCGAGUACUCACUAUUUUUGUUUUUAGUACCUUUUUAUUUCCUCAAAAAUACUUUUUGCUUAUAUUACCCUCUCAUAUGUUAAACCAUUGUGGGUUUUUUUGUGUGAGCUUUGAAGCAGUUGACCACAUUAGUCAAGUAGCGUAUUUAAACGGUCCUUAUUUGAUAUAUACUAUAUGUAUUCUAUACAUAUACUACAUUUUAGUAUUUUUUAGGGCAUUUUUUUAGUACGAUCUGCCUGUAUGCGUCUAAACAAAACAGUUGAGAGCGCACGGUAGUAGUUUGGGUGUCAAAUUCGACUCAUGUAGGACGUUUCGCCGAUGGAACUCAUGUAGGACGUUUCGCCGAUGGAGGAGAUUUUGACAGAGCACCGGUCCAUUUUUUGCCCCUCAAACGAACAUUUGGUUGGUUGAUGACUUGAAUCCCCCCGUCCCGCCACAAACACACACACACAGAGACACGGUUACAACCCCGACAGAUUCAUGUCGACAACAUACCACCUUUGGAGAGGAGGGAUAUUAGAAGUUUUUUUUCGGCCAGCAGCAGCCAAUGUCAGUCAUGUAAAAAGACGUUAAUGUUGUGGAGGUGGGGGAAAACACCACUAAUUUUGCUACUGAAAGUCCGACCUGCAACCGUCAAAAUUACUGCGGUCAGGCCAGCCUCCACAAGGAACAAUGAAGUCAAGCUAGUUGUCCCUUUUUUGGAUCAUUGUUUGCAUUAUGUGCAUCACAAUAAUAUCGUCCCUACCAAUGUUGAAACCAAACCUACGCCCUUGGUUUUCCCGCAAGAAGGACACACGGCCUAUUUUCUUGUGAGAGAAAUCAACUUGGGUCCCAAGAAGGUUUGUGCAGGUGGUGUAAAACGAAAAAAGGUGAUGCUUAUUAUUGAAAUCAAGAUGGAAAUGAUAAAAAUAUGAGCGUGGUGUGUGCGUCAGUCAACUAGCUUGACAAUACGUCCGGCGUUCUGUCAGGUUUUGCACCCAAUCAUAAUUUGCGUAGUUGCAUAGUUUGCGGUUGUGCUCAUGCAUUACAAAUGGCCAUGAAUGCAGCAGGUCCAAAGUAAAUGCCACAAACGGUCUAUAAAGACAGAACUACAGUAUCUACUUACAUUUGGUCAUUGACGCACACAAAGGAAAGUUCUCCUCACACACAUCCUACCAUGUGGCUGCGCACAACUCGACUGCAUGCCAAUCUGUCACUGUUAACUCCGUGCCGUUAAGCAUUUAUUUAAGCCGUUUUUGUGUUAAACAUGUAUAUUUAACCCCUUCAGACCUGCAUUUUUUCUGCUGGGCAAAAAAAAAAAAAAAAAAAUCUGCGCUGAUUUUUACUCCACUCAUACACCAGAACACAGUGCAAUUUUUUGGCCAGGGAUAUUUCACGCUUUUAUUGGUUAUUUUUAAUGUUAAUGUUCAUGUGUUUUUGAUGAGAAAUGAGCACUUUACGUUAUCCUUUUUCAAGUUGCGUUUUCAAAGAGCCAAAAAUAGCAAAGCGGGCGUGCUAAACCUCAUGAUUUGAUUUCGGUGGGUAAAGUUUCGUCCAAUUAUCUCCCAGAAGUGGCAGUAGCAAAUAAUUCAGUGUAUUUAUUGGUUUAGAGACGCGACCACGUAAUGACCUUCAGCAGCAUGCUCUGGUCUGAAGGGGUUAAGAUGUACAGUAGCUUGUUUAUUUAGCGCCUUUGAAUAACAUUGAGAGCCCAAUUUAAUGUAAGUGUACUUAUUCACCACCAUAAAAGCUACGGGAGCAAAAUUUGACAGAACACCGGUGUUCUGCCAAAAUAUCCUACACGGUGAAACGUCUACCAAUGCCCACACUUAUGCGCACAUCAGUUAAAAGCACCUUAUAAGUUAAGGUGACAAUUUUUAUUGUUGUAACAUCGGCAAGGAAGGCGCCGGCUUCGUCUGUUUUUUAAUUUUUUGUUUCAGAACUUGUGCAGCACAACACGGCUACUGUCCGCCGCCAUAGCCGACGCCAACAACAAAAGAACAUGAAAAGUGAAAGUAAAAACUAUAUCGCACCUCUUUUACUCUGUCGUCAGUCAGACGGGGCGUUCAGGAACAGCAUGCAAAACACAACCACCAAAUUAGAACCCGAUUCGUUACAUAAUUAUUAUAAUAUAAUUAUUCUGAAUUUAAAAUGUAUUUGUUUUGCUAUUUGUAAUUGCUAUUUGUAAUCGUACCAGCAGUAUUUAUUAAGGAUUUAGUGUAGGUAUUGGGGCUGUGGAACGAAUUAAUGGAAUUAUAAUGUAUUCUUAUGAGAAAAUCAUGCUCUACAUACGACCAUCUCGACUUACAAACAAGGUCCUGGAAUGAAUUAAAUCCGUAUGUAGAGGUACCACUGUAUUCAUAUUUUAUUGCAUAUGCACAUUAACAUUUCGGCAGCACAUCUUUGUAUCAUACAGGAAAAAAUGAUUACUUUAAACCCCUCUCUAAGUUGUUGGUUUGAUGUAACUGUAAUGAAUUCAGUGAACUGUAUUUUUAUACAAAUCACAAAAGUGUUGAGUGAUAUUUUGAGUGAUGGCUUUCUGGUGCCAAUUAUUUACUGUCUUAAAACAGCCGAAGUUUGAAUGUACGUAAGCUUCAAACAAUUAUUCGUGCUAACAUAUAACCAAAUGGAUUUUACGUGUCCUUGACUGUCCUCUCAAAAACUUUGAAAAUUGACGUACAUCAUAGGCGGAGAUUGUGGGGGGAGCAGUGCCACCUCUAGUGUCCGAAAAAUGUCAUUGCAUGUAAUUGACUUUCCUACAAAUGAAUUUAAAAGGGAAGUUAAACAAUUUUGACAUAAAGCUUUGUCUUCGAGUUAGCGGGGUGUGAUUAGUCGGUAGAGUUGAAUUCAACAAAUUCUGUCCAGUUUGUUAGUUACCGUAUUGGCCUGAAUAUAAAACGGCCCUGAUUAUAAAACGACUGCCUCUUUUUCAAGACUCAAGUUUGAAAACAGACUUUUUGAACACCAAAUUAUUUUUUAUACAGAAAAUAAUUACAGCACACCUGAAACAAAUGAUUUUAACAAUAUAUUUGAGGGGAAAAAAAGCAUGUUAUUUUGCCUCAUUCAGAUCUUAAUAUCUGAACAUUUAAAUAUGUAAACUAAAGUGCAAUCACAUUCGUAAAUAAAUGGCUUCUGGUUUUUUAAAUGUAACACAACAAAAUUGCAAUAACUGCAUUAAUCAUCAAAGUGAAGUCUAACUGUAACUGUAGUCUUGAAACAAAUCUGAAUAAGGAAAAACAUUGCAAUAAAAUAAUGCAAACUGGUUAAACUUGAGAGUAGCUGAGAUCUGUCAUGACAGAACAUCGCUUCAAUGAUAUCUGCCGCCAUCUAGCGUCUUGAAUGGGUAUAACGUCUAGACAGCAAAUAUAAGACGACCCCCACUUUUUCAGUCUUAUUUCAAUGCAAAAAACACAGUCUUAUAUUCGGGCCAAUACGGUAUUUGUUAGGUUACAUCUACACUAGGACGGAUAGUGGUCUUAAACGUGUAAUUAGUUGGACUGAAAAAGCGGCAUGGAAAAUGAAUGAAUGAAUGUACGGCAUGUCGGCUACACUCGUAUGCCUAUUAUCUGGAUUAGUUGUUUUACGGAUAAUGUAGGUGGGUAACAUUACCCGCCACCUACUAUGGCCUGCUGUACAACGAUCGGAUAUCAUACUAAGGAAGUGACGUCAUGUCGUCUCCAUUUUUAGUGCAGCAUGACAGCAUGGUAAACAAUAGAGGUAUACCAGAUCACGACAUGGUAUUCCUGCUCCUCUUUUCCACACAUUUUCUUGAACCUUCGAACUACGUCUCAAUAAUAUGCUUCAUUUCAGUGCCUAUUUGUGGUCCUCCCAUCGCGGAUAACGCGGAGAUGAGCAUUUUUUACAGAGCUCGUCUCCCGUGUUCGCGUUCUCUCCGAUCAGCCAGCUAUGGGUUCGGCCCCUCCUAACUCUAUGCCGACCGAACAUGAGUAUAUAAAAAUGUGUAGAGGAAAAUUAAACCCCAUAAGUGACCUGCGUGGUACCCCCUGUCAAAGAGGCGCGCGAUUUUUCCAUGACAUUUCUGCCUGUCAAAACUGUCGCCACUUCCAGGAUUGCCACUGCUGUGCACAAGCACUCCUGGUUGCGGCUUUCAGGAAAUAUGCGCAGUGCCACACCAUAUGCUUCUAUUUGUUAUUUUCCUAGUGGUGAGAGUGCAACUGAGCAUCAAUUGUAACAUCCCGAGUAAGUAGACAGGUAUAAAAAUAGUCAGCGAAAAAUCCCUGGAGAAAAUUAUCUGUCCUAGUGCAGACGUAGCCUUAGUUUCAGGAAUCCGGAAUGGCUAAGAUAGCGCGAGUCAAUGGUUCCUGCUUGUAUUCCAAUAAAAAAUGAUAUAUGCACACAUGAGAAUAACCGAUGACACAUGCAAUCCAUAGCAUUGGCUAUGUUUUCAGGAUAAAGUUGUUAAAACUUAUCAUUGCAUGUCAAUAAUUGUAGUAUGAACAGCAACAUUUGUAAUCCAGUAGCUAUGCAGGGAGCAGGCUGGCUAGGCAAGCAGGGCGGAGUGAAAUCAAAUCGGUGUUUUUCACCGCUGAUUUUUUUUUUUUUUCGUGGGAAUGAAACUGACUCCCUGGCAGACUGAGCACAAGAGGCCAAAGCACUCCUCUCUAUUGAGGUCGCAUUAUGCAUUUAAAAAAAAAUAGUCCUGCAGAAUGAAAUUAACCCGCCUGGGUAUUUCGAACAGUAAUCUGAAUUUUGAAUUUAUUUGACGAUGUUAGAUCUGUUAAUAUCGUUUCUUAUUGGCAGGCACCAUUGAUUCGCGCUAGCUCAGCCACUCCGGAACCCUGAAACAAACAAAUAACUGACAAACUGCACGGAAGUUGUUGAAAUCAACUCCACCGACUAACUCCCACUAACUCAAAGAUUAACCCUAAUGUAAAAUAUAUUUAUAUAUAUUUUUUGAGGUAAUUUUACUGCUGAAGUAUUUUCUUAAGGCAUGUUUUAGUUCGUUCUUCCUGUAUGCCCCCCCCACCCCACACAAAAGUCAAACUCCGCCUAUGAUGUACAUUAUAUUCACAUUAUGUUAACUUCGGUACUUUAAGUAGCCCAUAACAAUGUGCAUUAUUAAUUUGUAUAUACGUACAUGUUGCCUAACUUACCUACCAUAGUAAGAAAUAACUGUAUAUUUUUUGGUUGGCAGCCUUUUGUAACGCUGUUGUUAAUUUGGACAUCAAGGUGUGCGUUUGAAAAUUGGCGAUUGUUUUUGCUUGUAUGUUGCUCUAAAAAGCACAAAGUAACAAGGUGUAGUAGAAAAGUAUCCUCUGAUAUAGAACGUAAUGUGAAAUCAUCCUUAAACUUCCAUUUUAGUUGUAUUUAAAUGAAUCUAUAUAUAUUACAUUGGCGAAUUACAUAUGCAUGCGUAUUGCAGGGGUAGACAAUAAGGGUAACUUUUGAAGUUUACUGGCCCCGCUUUCAAAACCACUGGCCCAGGUCAAUGUGUCAGUUAAUGAUCCCAAUAAUCACAAAAAAAGAACAAUUUGCUUGAAUAACAUUUUUUUAGGUAGAUUUAAUGAAAAGUGGAGCAAAACGGUGCAAAAACAUGAAUCUGGCACAAUGAAUCCUAUUCCAAUUCUAUAAUCACAUCACACAAUUUUGGCUAACGAUUUUCAAGUUAGACCGUCGUUAUGACGAAAAUAUUUUCUCUGUGGUCACGCGGAUAAAAUAUCACUUUAUGUUCAUAUUAUAGGUUUAAUUCUCGUUACCUUUUCUCUAACUUGUCUGCAUAUGUGGGCAUUGAUCUGCACACAUGACAGUAACCCUUGUUUUUUGUCUAAUUGUAGCCAAGCCAGUUCCAGCGUUCUCACCACUGGGUCUGAAAGUUUCUCUCCCUUUUCAUAUUGGAUUUCGCUUUCCCUUAACUCCUCCGGUGAUUUUCUCUUUCUUGAGUGGUCUUUUUUCCCUGGUGCUCGCCCGGGUGCUGGGGGUUUCAGAAACAUGUCUUCUUGUAGUAUAACGCUAAGUGGUGUUGAAGGAGGCUACUUUGUCUCUUUGUCCUUCGCGUGUUCUUUGAAUUUCAGGUGGUGAGAAUGUUUCUGAUAAGGUGGUCAACAGGUACCCUUUGUCAUUGUUCAAAGUAAUAUUUGGACCACACAAACAUUGCCAAAAAUGGGCAUGGCACAAUACUCUAUAAUAAAGUCUUCAAUUGGUACUGAGAUACUGACAAUCAAUCAGCAGCAGUAAUCAGGUUGUGCGCGUUCAUGCGGGAGCGAGCGAGCUAAUGAGGUGUGUUUACACCCCACAGAGAGUAACGGCUGGUUGCAUAGACUGUAUGGUUGUCUUUAAUUGGGAUUAGUGGCGUGAGAAGUGGGGUGCUGAGGCUUCUGCAGCACCUCCUGGUGUUGGGUGGAAUUUUUUUUUUCUUAAAAAUUAAUACAGUUGUGGUCAAAAGUUUACAUACACUUG